AUGCUCAGUAAGCACUCUCGGCUGCUAGUUGGGCGGAGUUACCGCGUGAGGUGGACAUUGAGUUUGGGUGAUGGCUGGUUGACCCGUUUUCCUCCUUGAGCACGUCUAUUCCUGAACUAGAGGGAAGUCGACUUAUGUGAGGAGCCUUACAUAGACAGAAGAUAAUGUCUGGAAGUUUCUAUUUCGUAAUUGUUGGCCACCAUGAUAAUCCAGUGUUUGAAAUGGAAUUUUUGCCAGCUGGGAAAGCAGAAUCCAAAGAUGAACAUCGUCAUCUGAACCAGUUCAUAGCCCAUGCUGCUCUGGACCUCGUUGACGAAAACAUGUGGCUUUCCAACAACAUGUACUUAAAAACUGUGGACAAAUUCAAUGAGUGGUUUGUCUCAGCAUUUGUCACUGCUGGGCACAUGAGGUUCAUCAUGCUGCAUGACGUGAGGCAAGAAGAUGGAAUCAAGAACUUCUUCACUGACGUCUACGACUUAUAUAUCAAGUUUGCCAUGAACCCCUUCUAUGAGCCCAAUUCUCCUAUUCGAUCAAGUGCGUUCGAAAGAAAAGUUCAGUUUCUUGGAAAGAAACAUCUUUUAAGCUAAAUGCAGAAAACUUCAGAAUCAUAGUGGUACCCCCUGUGCUGAGGAGUAUACAUAUUGACAGUUACUUGAUAAAAUAGCCUGGCAAACUCUAUGUGUCAACUUAUUUGUAUAUUUUGAAAUUUCUCUUAUAUUUAAAAAUCUCAUCUUUUCAUGUUAUCACCAUUAGUAGUUACCUGUGAACAAUUAUCGAUCACUAAUUUAAUAUUUUAUUUCAAAAGUCAAUGAGCCUAUAACUUUUUGAUUGAGAUAAUUAAAAAAAACCUUAGAGUCCU